CUACAUCAAAAUAAAACAAUAAUUAAUGAAAAAGUAAAUAAUCAAAUUUUAAGUAAUUAAAUUCAAAUACAAUAAUCAUAAUCAGGAAUACACACUUAAAAAUAUAAAUAGAAAAAGGAAAUUUUUAUCCUUAGUUGGUACAAGUGGACGCUGAUAAUCUACUUUAGCCAAACUUAUUUAGAUAUUUACAAUGCGGAUUGUAUUAGUAUAAGCAUAUAAGUAUAUAAGACAUAAAAAAUAAAGGAAUAUAAGAUUUCAAUUUAGUUAAAUUAAGACAUUAAAUAGGUCUAGUAAUUAGGAACCUUCUUUUUUUUAAUACUAUUAUUAUUAGGAAUACUAAAUAUAGAAUAAUUUGAAAAUCUUUUAAUUUUUAGAGAAAGUCGUGCUGCUAUAAUUCCGGAGUUUCUGAAUUUAUUUUAUAAAAGGUAAAUUUUCAGUAUCCUUAAAUACCCAGGGACUUAUUAAAAAACAAUAAAUUCUUAUUUUAAUGAGUCUAUGAGCUUUGUGGAUUCAGAAAGUGUAUUUUAAUUCUAGUAGUUGACGGGAAAUAUGGAAUUACAAUUAUAGUUAUAGUAUAUAAGUUAAAUACUAUAAAGAAUCAUGAUUUUAUUUUUGUAAUUAAAUAAAGAGAAAUUGUACAAUAUAGGAAUUAUAUAGAUUUGAUUUUG